GACACUUUUUUUUUUUUCCCAGUCCCUGUUAAAAGAGUUAGACCGGGGCCAGAGUUGGUGCUGGGGGGUCGCCUAUAGUUUAGUAAUUUCCUGGGGGUUAAUUGCAGCGUUUUUUUUUUUUUAUCCCAUCAGAUUUUUUAUUUUAUUUUGUUAAUUUUUUAUUUUUUUUCUACUUCUCUGAAAUAUCGCCACCCUCUCACUCUCAAGAUCUGAUACCCCUUCGAGAUUUUUCCUUUCAGAUCAUGAACAAACUAUAUGUUGGGAAUUUAAGUCCUUCGGUCACUGUCGAGGACUUAAAGGAGCUCUUUGAGGAGAGGAAGCUGCCAGUGGCCGACCAGGUCCUACUGAAAUCCGGCUAUGCUUUUGUGGACUUCCCCGACCAGAACUCGGCCAUAAAGGCUAUAGAGACUCUUUCUGGUAAAGUUGAAUUACACGGAAAGGUGAUAGAGGUAGACUACUCUGUUCCCAAAAAACUAAGGAGUCGGAAGAUCCAGAUCCGGAACAUUCCCCCUCAUCUACAGUGGGAGGUUUUGGAUGGCCUUCUAGCUCAGUAUGGUACUGUAGAAAAUGUGGAACAAGUGAACACUGAUACAGAAACAGCAGUGGUGAAUGUUACAUACUCAACCAAGGAGGAAGCUAAAGAAGCUAUUGAGAAGUUAACAGGACACCAGUUCGAAGACUACUCCUUCAAGGUGUCAUAUAUUGUGGACAUGGAUGCGGCUCCGCCCGACCAGGUUCCCCGCACACGACGCGGGGGUCGGUCGUCCCGGGACCACAGCACCUCUCAGCCCGGGCCCUCAUGUGACUUUGGCGCUCCACGCACCAGACAACACGACUUCCCCCUGCGCAUGCUCGUGCCUACUCAGUUUGUGGGAGCCAUCAUCGGCAAGGAGGGCCUCACCAUCAAGAAUGUCACCAAACAGACACAGUCCAAAGUGGACAUUCAUCGGAAGGAAAAUGCGGGUGCGGCAGAAAAGCCCAUCACCAUCCACUCAACUCCCGAUGGCUGCUCCUCUGCCUGUCGCAUGAUCCUGGACAUCAUGCAGAAGGAGGCCAGUGAGACCAAGACGACGGAGGACAUCCCUCUGAAGAUCCUCGCCCACAACAGCCUCGUGGGCCGGCUGAUUGGGAAGGAGGGCCGCAACCUGAAGAAGAUCGAGGAGGAGACAGGGACCAAGAUAUCCAUCUCCUCGUUACAAGAGUUAACCAUUUACAACCCUGAGAGGACCAUCAUGGUGAGGGGCAGCAGCUUGGAGGCGACUUCUAAAGCCGAGGCGGAGAUCAUGAAGAAACUGAGGGAAGCCUACGAGAAUGACGUUGCUGCUAUAAACCAACAGGCCAACCUGAUCCCAGGCUUGAACCUGAAUGCUCUGGGCAUCUUCUCAUCUGGUCUGCCGGUUCUGCCCCCCGCUGCUGGACCACGUGGUGCAGUGCCCCAUAUGGCACAUGCAGGAUACAACCAAUUCUUAAGUCACUCUUCACAUCUCUGUGGCCUGUACGGGGUUCCUCCAGCAAGUGCCAUCACCCACCAGCACUCACACCAGGCUCCAGAACAGGAGGUUGCCUACCUCUUAAUUCCAACUCAGGCAGUCGGGGCCUUGAUCGGCAAGAAGGGCCAACACAUCAAACAGCUCGCCCACUUCGCUGGAGCUUCCAUCAAGAUUGCCCCACCUGAGGGCCCAGAUGUUCCUUCCAGGAUUGUUAUUAUUACUGGAACCGCAGAGGCUCAGUUUAAGGCCCAAGGUCGGAUAUUUGGGAAGCUGAAAGAGGAGAACUUCUUCUCAGCGAAGGAGGAGGUCAAAUUGGAGACGCACAUCAAGGUUCCCUCAACUGCAGCUGGCAGGGUCAUCGGUAAAGGAGGCAAAACGGUAACUGAGCUGCAGAACCUCACGUGUGCUGAGGUCAUCGUACCGCGGGACCAAACUCCAGAUGAGAACGACGAGGUCUUUGUGAAAAUCAGCGGGCAUUUCUAUGCCAGCCAGACUGCACAGAGGAAGAUCCGGGAGAUCAUUCAGCAUGUCAAACAGCAGGAACAGAAGCACCAGCAGGGCGGCACCAUGUCACCGCACCACUCCAAGUGACUAGCAGGGCGGCUCCAGCAGGCGCCGGCCAAUGAAUGUAGCCCUCCCAAAUGGACAGAGACCUACCCAGACAAAGGCCAAGGCCAAGGGGGACAUGCAGGGCAGACCAGCAACACCGGGAUCAAAACCAAAGAACUUCACUAGGGGGGGAAACAAGUGAGAGCCAAAGGCUGAGGGCAUUGUGUGCACUGCCAGCCCUGUGAGAGCAGAUAGAGUGGGAGAAACCGUACUGAUAUAAUAAUAUUAAUCAAAGACCAAUAGAAUCUACAAAAAGGUGGAAAUGACAGAGAAUUUGGCACCUGUUGUCCUCACAGUUAAAAAGGUAAACAGGACAUAGUAUGUCGCCCUGCAUAACGUUAUCUCUUUAGUUGGACUAACAUAGGCCUAACAAACUGAUAAAGCAUUGGUAUUAACAUGAGCAUAUACAAGGCAUUGUGAUUAUUAUUUUGGGUUAGAACAGGAGCGAGUGACAAUGGACACCUCUAACAAGAUUUUGAGAUAUUUAGAUGGCAAGAUUAAAUAUCCCUAGCAGUAUUAACACAGCGUAGAUAAGUAUAUUGAUACACACUGAGAGUAUGCACUGUUAUUUUUCUAUCAAAAUGGCAGUACAACUUGGUGUAGUUUUUAAUAUGUUUACUUGUUCUAGAGAUUGAUCGGGCUGUGACAGCCACAUAAAGCAGUUUCCCUUCUUUGUUCACAUUAUAGGCCACUGAAAUCAAAAAGGAAAAAAAUACCCUAUAUAAGUAAAUAUGGUGAAUGGGUCUUUGUAACCAGCCUGUGUGUGUGCCAACGCAAAAGAUAACGUCCCUUUGAAAUGUCUCUCACCAUUUAUAUCUGAUGCUUCACUUCUUUUUUUUGUUUCUUUCUUUUCCGCUAAUUUCUGCUUAACUUCUGCUUCACUCAUCACUCUCUCUCAUUUGGCAUGUGUUUGUUUUUUUAAUAGGAUAAAAAUAUUUGUUGUCAAGAAAACAUUUUUUCCUCCGUAGCCUUUUGAUAACAUUGAACUGACUGCCACUUUCACCCAACCGAGGUUAAAUGCAACAGAGGGAUUUUUAUCACCCUCCCAUUAUGUGCAGUAGAAUAUAUCUACACUCAUGCUUGUUGACCUGAUAAAAAAAAAUAUCAAAAGGAUGUCACUAUAGACAUUCUCCUCAAUGAUCAGAGCAAAAAUUGACGUGUUUAAAAAAAUGUAUGCAUCUUUGCUUGCUAACAGGCCAACAGUGAUUUUGAAUGUGCACUGCCGCACGCUCUGCCUUAUGAGGACGUCUCGAGGGCCGAGAGAGGGGAGGUGGGCUUAAGGGGGGCUUGGGUGGGAGAGUGCAGACUCGAGGUGUGUGGAGUGGCAGUGAGGAAACGUUUUUUGGGUAAAGGGUGGGUGGUGGUUGGGGUUCGGGAAGCAACGGGAGGAACCUGUAUGACCUGUGGUUCACACAUAACCGCAAAUGUGACCGCAGCUGCGUUUGGCUUCAACCCUCUCUCGUCAGGGAGCUUUCUAAAACGGUAUGACAGCUGUGAAUGUACAAAAUGCAGCCUUUUUAGAAGUAUCACCCCUGCCGUGUCCAGCAGGCCGGCCCAGAGGCACAGAUUGUCAUCGUCAUUCGCACUCUCGCUCUUUUCUGUUAACUUUUCCUUUGGUGUUUCUUUUAUUUUGGCGAGCUGGAGCUGGACACGCAGGUCCUGGUGUCCCUUUGUGCUUUACUUUGGAGACCAUGGAAGCUUGUUGCCUUAUUUUGUCACCUUUCAGACAUCACCCAUCAGCUUCAUCUUCCAGAUGCAAUGUUAUUGCCAAUACGCACAGCUUCCUCCAUGUGUGUGCGUGUGCGCAUGUGUGUGUGUAUAUAUAUAUAAAAAAAGAGAGAGUAAUAUUUAUGAAUCUAUUUUUUUCCUAUUUUGUGAUGAGAGCUAUUGAUAAGAAACAAAAAGAAAACAAAGUCCUUUUCUUUUUUUCCUCAGUGGGACACUGCCAUAUUAUUUUGAAGGGAAGUGUUUAUUUUCUUGAAAACUAGACUAUGAAUAAUAAUAUAAAUAAAAAACCUGAAAAAAUAGGAGAACAGUAAGGUGAACCACCGCGUUAACUUUGGUCAGGAUGUGAACAGUGCGCAUGUCAGUAUUGUGAUCUACCUCAGGCUUCAGGGUACCUCAGUCCAAUCUUUCAUUUCCCCUUUUUUCCACAUUUUGUAUGCCUUGUUAACUGAUCAUUUGAGCGUUUAUAAUUUUCUUUUUUAAUGAAAAAAAAAGAAGAAGACAAAAGAUCUACAGUAGGCUAAUCACUAAACUCUUCAGGUCCAGCCAACUAGUGAAACUUUGUCAACCGUAGUCAACUCUGUUGGACUCUUUGCCUGGACGCCAUACAACCUCUUAAUGAUACAAGUCAAAAGGAUUUCCAAGUACAUUUUUGCUAGAAAGGAAUGAAGAGCAGGAUGUAAGGGGUACAUACCUGCCCGAAGUGGUUCUGAAUGUGGAUGUUGUGUACUGAUUUCACCAUCAAAAAGAAAAAGAUACAAAUCAGUGGAUCGAAACAAAAACUAACCAACUGUACCUCCUGUUUUUCCCAACUAUACCUCCAGGUUUGUUUUUAGACUUUUAAACAAAACAAUGAAGUUUAUUCACUUGUGAAAAAAAAAUAUGAAUUUUUUAACAACCCUAUUCAAUCUUACCAGCUCUUUUUGAUAACAGCGUACUCUGGGGUUGAUUUGACAAAAAAAAAAACACGAAGCUGCAAAAAUACACUGACGGGACUCUUGAACAUGGUGUAAAAACCCUAGUCUUCUGUGUAGAAUGUAGAUCAACUCUAGUCGUUGAUACGUCACUGUGUACGACAAGGUAACUGUAUAUCUGUAAACAUGUACAAUAGAGUCACACAUGAAUGCAUCGUUUUCUGUCUCUAUAACACUCAUCAGUCUGCACCUGCGUUGUGAGAGAUGGUUGGAGAGUUUUAGAGCGUCACAGCUUCCCUCAAAACUGACCUCUAAUCGGUUUUCUCAUCACUCUACGGAGUUGAUUUUUGUUGUUGUUGUGCUGUACAUUUCAGAAUUACCUCUCAGAAUCCAAGGCUGACUUUAGUAACUAAAACCGAUGUAGGGCAAAAAAUAAUUAAAUAAAUGAAUGAUAUAGUGAAA